AUGGCCAACGAGCAGAUGAAACAAGUUUCCAGGCUACUUUUGGUCUUAAAUCUCUGCAUGUACGUCAUAGUUUUGGGAAUUGGCAGUUGGGCUAUGAAUAGAGCCAUUGAUCAUGGUUUCAUCAUUGGACCUGACUUUAGCCUUCCAGCACAUUUCUCGCCUAUUUACUUCCCAAUGGGAAAUGCUGCCACUGGAUUCUUUGUGACGUUUGCUUUGAUUGCCGGAGUUGUUGGUGUUGCCUCAGCAAUUGUUGGUCUGAAUCACAUUCGGAUUUGGACCACAGAUAGCUUGCCAUCCGCAGCCUCCACUGCCGCCAUCGCUUGGACUCUCACUCUUCUAGCCAUGGGCUUUGCCUGUAAAGAAAUUGAGCUCUCUGUCAGGAACGCCCGUCUGAGAACCAUGGAAGCAUUUCUGAUAAUCCUUUCUGCUACACAGCUUCUAUAUAUAGCAGCCAUCCACGGUGCCUCAUAA